AUGCAGAUCUUCCUUCUUGGUCUCGAUAACACGACGCAUACGCUCGAUGUGGAGCCAUCCACUACUCUCGCUUCCAUCAAGGUUUUUUUCUUGAAGCUUUAUUUUUAUCUCUGAUUACGUUGAUAGGAAGUCAUUGGAGCCAGCGAGUCGCUGAACCUCUCCUAUGGAUCCAAAGUCCUUGACGAGAGCAAGACCCUCGCCGACUACGAAAUCGAAAGCCUCGCCACCCUCGCCGUCAACGGCCGACUUCUCGGAGGUUUUUAAAUUUUUUUAAAGCUUCAUUUUGAUCGACAUAAUGAAGAGUAAAAUGAGCAAAGAACGGAUGUUUAUUUUAAGGUUGAUCCGAAGCGUUUUAUGAUUAUGCUUUUUUCUAAUCGUCUAAAUUGAUUAUUUGUUUUGCUCGUUGAAAUUUUAUUUCGCGUUCAAACCUAGUUUGACGGACUUGCCAAAACAGUUUUUAUCGUUCAAAAGAAUGAGCCAAAUCGCAGGGUAACGCGACAGAUUCGCAAAUCGUGAUUGGUUGUCUCCGCCUGAUUGGCAAAAAAAGCUUUAAAAGAAUAUAAUGAACAUUUUUCAAAAGCCGGGGUCGUCCAUUCACGCUGCGCGCGUCAAGUUAGCUUUGAACACGGCAAUACAAAUGGCGUGUUCAUCGGAGAAAAGGAACAUGCUCUAAAACGAAAAAUCGUGUUAAUCGGCGCGCCAAAGUUGCUUCAGAACAGUACUAGUUUUUGUUUUGGAGCAAUUUUUUACGUUUCGAAACAAUUACGUUUUGUCCGAUGAACACGCGAAAACAAUUUUUUUCAAUUAAUAGACAUAUUGUAAACUAUCAUUUCAGGUAAGGUCCACGGUUCUCUCGCUCGUGCCGGUAAGGUCCGCGCUCAGACCCCCAAGGUUGAGAAGCAGGAAAAGAGAAAGAAGAAGCGCGGUACGUCAUUUGUUCAAUGGUUUUUUUUUUCAGUCUCGUUAUCAUUUUGGCGAUUUCAAUGUAAUUUAAAAGUUGUUUUUUUCAAAUGAUAAUGUAUUUUCAUUCGAAUUCCUGAAGUCUUGAAGAAUUCGGCGUAACAUUUUAUUUUUCUCAAGUGCUAGCAAGAAAAGUUACAUUUCGAAGGUUCUCAAGUUUAUUUUUUCAGGACGUGCCUUCCGCAGAAUUCAGUACACUCGCCGCUUCAUCAACGUCGCUACCGGACCCGGAAAGAAGCGUGGACCCAACUCCAACAGCUAA